ACAGUUACUACUACUGUAAACCUUGACUCUCUGCUCUGCGUUAACCUCACGCCUCCUCCCUCAUUGUAUAAGAAAACCCUAAACCCCAAUACAUCUUCUCCUGCCGAACCAUCCAAACGCCUCACUCUCCACAAAUCAAAUAUGGCAAGCAAAGAGCCCGAUCACGAGCACAGAGAAGACGAUGACGCCCCCGCCGCCGAUGAUGAAGACACCGGUGCUCAAGUUGCCCCUAUCGUCAGGCUUGAGGAAGUCGCCGUUACCACCGGCGAGGAAGAAGAAGAUGCCAUACUCGAUCUGAAGUCGAAACUGUACCGAUUUGAUAAAGACGGGAAUCAAUGGAAAGAGAGAGGCGCUGGUACUGUGAAGCUGUUGAAGCACAAAAAGACCGGAAAAGUUCGCCUUGUUAUGAGGCAAUCUAAGACUCUCAAGAUCUGCGCCAAUCAUUAUGUGUUGGCAACGAUGACGGUGCAGGAGCACGCAGGGAACGACAAAUCGUGCCUAUGGCACGCUUCUGACUUUGCUGAUGAUGAACUGAAAGAUGAACUUUUCUGCAUUCGUUUUGCAUCAGUGGAAAAUUGCAAAAGCUUCAUGGAAACGGUCCGAGAAGUUGCUGAAUCACAAAAAUCAACAGAGGAAAAUAAAGAGGCAUCUGCUGCAGCUGGUCUACUUGAGAAGUUGAGUGUUGAGGAAAAGGAAGCCAAGGAUAAAGUGGAAGAGAAGGAUGUUAAAGCAAAGGAAGAAACGGAAACAAAGGAGGAUACAAAAAAAGUAGAUGAUAGUGAGAAGAAAGAUGGGGAGCCAGAAUCAACUUAAAAAAGGGGGUUGGGUUGUGUUUGUUUUCUGUGCCAUAUGCUUUUUGGGCUAUAUGGUGAGAUUAGUCACCUCCCAUGUCUUGCAUAUUCAUCUCCUGCAGAGGAAACUAGAUGGGUCAGUAUGUUUAUAAGCUGGAAUGGUUUGAGGUCCUUUGCGUGUCAUUAGGUAUGAGUGUUUGUGAGUGUUGAGGUUUGUUCAAACACCGAGUCAUGUUUACAUACAUUGCAUGUUGAGAGUUUUUUUUCGCGGUUUUGAGUAUUGUGAGGGAGGGUUGUAUUCAACCGGGUUUUUCCCAGUAUUAUUAUUAUCUCCAAAUUGUCUAAAUUACUUAUUAUUGAUAGACAAGUUUUUCUUUAUUUUUUAAA